AUGGCAACAGUGACGGACGACGCGCCUGGCUGGCCGGCGUUCUUGGCGCGCAGCACUUCCUUUGAACGACUCCGCUGGUCGGCGCUCGCUACACGCAACUCACACUGCAAUCGACGCAUUCACGCAUUCACGCCUACGCAUCAAACGGAACGCACGACAAUGAAGGCCAUCGUCUUGAGCCUUGCCAUCCUCCUCACCUUGGCUAGCUUCGUCUCUGCGGGAGGAGCCUGCUGUGCGGGUGACACCACUUGCUCCGGCUGCUGGAUGUGCACGGGAUCCACCCUUCGCGAACUAUGGGAUGCUGCCACGCCGCUGCCUUCAGCUUGCUCGAGUCAGACGGGCACAAAGGCCCAGGCGACUUGCUACUGCGCAGCUUACGCAAAAGUAGCCAAGGCCUGGGCAGGCGGCGUGUGCUGCACCGAAUUUGCGCCCACCUUUGCUGCUGCGAGCAAUCUCUGCAACCUUGCCACCUACCCUGAAGCGCAGAUCUCAGCGGCAGCACUCGCAAAGGCUGUCGCCGACGCAAACACCGUCGUCUACGACAUCUGGCACAAUGACUCUGGCACCGACGUGCCAAAGCUGUCCAUCACCAUUUCUGCAUAUACUGGCGGUGCAGUCGAGACAGCAGCGGCCUCAGCUGUCAGCUCCGUCGCGUCAGCGGUCGAGUCAGGUCUCGUCGGUAAGGCGGUUAAGAAGAGCAAGAAGCACAAGAAGCACAAGAAGACACACAAGAAGCACAAGAAGCACAGCAAGAAACACAAGCAUUGCCGUCGCUCUGUGUCCGAGGACAAUCCUCCACCGACGCGGACGACCGACGUCGCAUUCCCGGAAGUCAGUAUACUGGAAGAUGAGCCUAUCGACUUCUUAGGCCGCCGAGGUCAAGCCGUUAGCGGGCCUGUGCCUGCAAGCGCACUCCGGCUUCAGAAGAGGUACAAUUGUGGCAUCGACUUUCAAGGUGUCGCUUAUCCCAGCACGACGCCUUCGUGGCUCGCUGCCGCAUAAAGUUAUUUGCGAUCCCAGGAAUGCAUUUCUCGUCCGAGCUAGCGAUGGAUCUGCAGCUCACUGACUAUGGACCGGUAACCACCUGCAAUCCCCAUCCUGGCCCCCUCUUGACUGCUGAGAGACCCUGCAGCCUUCGAUGACCUCGCAUUGUCCGAUGGUACUAUCGAGACCGAACACACGUGCGCAAAAAGGGGAGACCUUCUUGACUGGCCCUGCAU